UGAUGUUUCCAAUCCAAGAUGGCGGCCGAGAGUGGUUCUGUACAAAGAAGUAUUCUCCAAAUGUCGGUCAGUGCUAUCUGCAGAGAACAAGGUUUUUCAUCGGCUUCUAGACUCGCAAUAGAAACGUUAACAGAAAUGCUUCAAAGUUAUUUAUCAGAAUUAGCUCGUAGUGCGAAGACACAUUGUGAACUUUCAACUCGAGUAAAACCAACUCUAGGGGAUGUAAGAAUGGCCCUCAUAGAUGUUGGGGCAGAUCUUGAUUCUAUUCCAACUUAUGCGAAAAGGCGUCAUAGGCUCAAUUUAGGAAAUCCUUUAAAGUCAAGAGUAACACCAAAUCCUAAAGCAUUAGAAGCUGGUCAAAAACAACCUCGUCCUUCUUACAUCCCUUCACAUUUACCAGCUUUUCCUGAUCCUCACUCUUACGUCAAGACACCUACUGUUCGGCAAACAAGUGAAGAAUAUAAAGCUGUAAGGGAAAGAUAUGCCAGCCAGCGCAAAGAAAUAGAACAAGGAUUAGCUAAAUUUCUUGCAAAGACAGCGGAUCUAAAGGCAGCAGUCUGUCCUGGUCUUGAAAAUGAUCCUGCAUAUUUAUUAAUAAUGGAUCCACCUCCUCCUCUACCAUAUCUUCUUGCUAUUUCUGGCUGUGAAGAAAACGAAGAUUUUGAUCUAAACAAUGAUGACAAAAGUGACAAUUCAAAGGCUGACAAAUCAGUCACAGUCUCAGACGUCAUGGACAAUCCUUUUAUUAGACCUGCAAAGAAAGCUCGUAAAGGGAAAUCCAGUUGAUAUAAUAAUCAAAGUUUAGAUUAGGUAGCUUGCAUGAUUUAACUUUCUUGGGGGAGGGGGAGGGGUAGGGGAGGAAGGGACUUAUCAGAUCAAGMUAUCUACCCAAAAAAUACUGGAAUAGCUGGAUAAAUCAUUGAAAAAAUUCAUAAAUUUUCGUAUCUCUCAAAAGGAAUCCGACCAGUUCAGUUUCAAUCCUUUGAAACCCAAGGUUUUGUUGGUUUUUUUUUUAAAUCCUCAAAAACAUUCUGGAAAAUCCUUUUAAUGAUGGUUUUGAUCUCAGUUCGUCCUCGUCCAGGCAAGAACGAAAACGACUGAUGUCAAGUAGCCACAAGACAAUCAAUUUUUAAGGGAACAUUAAAACAUGCCAUUUUAACCUCUAUAUUGCUAUUUAAAUAAUGGAACUCUUUUGCUCACGGCAGUUUCUAUGCAGCAAAACUCUACCAGCUGAGCGGGUCAAGGACGAGAUCUAAAGUUAUUGAUAAAGCAGUUGAUAGACGCACGUCCUAGGUAGAAAUAUUACUCACUUUGGUUGAGAAAAAUCUAACCGGCCCAAUCUCUUACCCAGAGACUGCGUUUCUUCUGGCCUGCGACGAAGCAUGAAGAAACGUAGGUUCGGUACAAGUUGGAGUCUAAAUCUCAAUUGCGCAUGCGCGAUAAGCAUUCUAUUUUUUUAAUAGUAAACUUGAAAUAGUUUAUUUGCCAGGUUUAUUAACUGCAUAUUGGUUGGAAUUGUUUCUAGUUUUGUUGAUUGAAGCAUUUAGAACUAUACUUCUAGAUUUGUCGGMUGAACCGUCGCAUAGCAGCGCGAAACAUUUCAUACGGCUAUGCCGGAGAUUUCCGCUCCAACAACGCUAUCCCUGGAUUAAAUUCAGAUGGGAUGCGUUUUUUAAAAAACUAUUUUUGACGCUGUUUUAAUUGACGAUUGUUUUCGUAUUUCUUAAUGGACUUUGACAGAAGGUAUGUUUAAACAUUGAAAUUAAAAACGAGAGGACAAAGC